AUGACAAGCACUAUAAACUAUAGCCUCGAAGAUCUGGAGAAAUUCAGUCAUGAUCUUCGGCGCAAACAUAAAAUAGAGCAUGGUCUCGUUCAAUCUGUCCUCCGUGCAGGUUCUGUACUCUCUGAACUCGACGAGAAGACAUUGCAACCAAAGGAUUUAUUGGGGCAAGACCUCUUUGAAAAGGAGUUCAGAACAACGGGGAGGUUCAACAUGUCUAUUCUAGACUUACACACAGCUGCAGAAACUAAUCAUCAAAUCAUGGCUGCACUAUUAGAACGUCGUUUGACACCCAUUGUCAAGCAUACACUCCACGGAAGCCUUCGUCCAGAGGGUAAAGUGUGGGUUAUACACAUAUUCUGCUAUGAUCUUUCCCCAAGUCGGUUAACACCCCUCACCUUGAGUACUAUACUAUUGGGAUCCAUCUUGGUUCAGCUUUCCACCAAACCAUCCACAAGGAAUCAACACUGGGACUUCUUCCAGGUCAACCACCAACCAACUAGACGCGAAAAUUCAAGAAUGCCUGAUUACCAAAAGACCAUGGAAGUCUUGCAAGUCUUGAUCUCUCGGAUCUUAGAAAUGUGUCCAGAAAACAAUAUACGUAUUAUUUUCUCUGGUAUAAAGCGUCCAAAGCUUUCCCAUUCGGCUCUACAUGAGUUGGCAUGUUUUGUGCUUGAUAUGGCACGGCUUGUGAGAACCGUCCUUCCAAUUGAGGACAAGAGAACGGUGAAAUGCGUCAUUUGUGGAGAUGGUCUCCUUGACUCUACCUAUCUGUUUGGUUAUCUUGAACAGCACAAGGAACGACUGGAGGAAGGCAGUGAAGAGGAAAAGGAUGAGAUCAAGGGAAUAUUGGAGAGAUGUUGA